UUCACGUUACCUUGACAGCAGACUGGAAAGCGACCAGAUGGAUUUCUGCAGUGGCUUCUUCACAGCUUCCACACAUUUUAAAUUGUAACGCACACAUUAUUAGCUGACUUUCCUGCUGACAAACAGCCCUGGCGUGACUUCAAAAGGCUAUCCGGGAGGCUCGGCUGUGCUGUGAACCGGGACAGAAGCAGUCAAGACAUUUAAAGAUCCCCUACCAAACAUCUUCCUACUGAAGGUCCUAAGGCAAGUGUGUGUCCAUCAUGCCACUGUUUGGUAAAUCCCACAAGAGUCCAGCGGACAUCGUCAGGACCCUGAAGGAAAACCUGGCCAUCCUGGUCAAACAGGAUAAGAAGACAGACAAGGCGUCUGAGGAGGUGUCGAAGUGUUUGGUGUCCAUGAAGGAGAUUCUGUACGGUAGCAACGAUAAGGAGCCUCACACUGAGACUGUGGCCCAACUGGCCCAGGAGCUGUACAACAGUGGCCUGCUGAUGUCACUAGUAGAAAACCUGCAGGUCAUAGACUUUGAGGGGAAGAAGGAUGUGUGUCAGAUCUUUAACAACAUCCUGAGGAGGCAGAUUGGGACGAGAAGCCCCACCGUCGAAUACUUCUGCUCCCACCAAGAGGUCCUUUUUAUACUGCUGAAAGGGUACGAGACUCCGCAGGUAGCGUUGAAUUGUGGGAUCAUGCUGAGGGAGUGUAUCCGCCACGAGCCACUCGCCAAGAUAGUUCUUCAUUCGGAUCAUUUCAACAAUUUCUUCAACUACGUGGAGAUGUCCACCUUCGACAUCGCCUCCGACGCAUUCGCCACCUUCAAGGAUCUCCUGACAAGACACAAAGUGCUUGUGGCUGAAUACCUCGAACAGAACUACGAUGCU